AUGUUUUGUCAACAAAAUGCGAAUCUCCUGAUGCUUAAUGGACAUCCCGAUAUUACUGCUGUUAGCAAGUUUUCGAAGAGGACCAAUUUCGAGGGUUUUCAAAUUGGUGAUUUGGUUGAUUGUAAAGUAAGCAGCAUGGACCGAUUUGGAAAUGUUAGCUUCGAUUUAGUUGUGGGUGAAAGCGGCAAAAGUGCUUUGGUUACAGCUUUUGCGAAGAAAAACAAAUUGCAAGAAGGUAUCAAUUACAAGCCGGGAACAGUGCAUCAAGCACGGAUAUUAUCGUUUAAAAUGGUCGAAAGAGCAUUGGUAGUGACAACACGAAAGGAGAUAUUAACACAAAAAAUGGUCAGCGUAAAG